UAUUUAUGGUACCCAAAGCAUUAGAGUGAGGGUUUUAUUAUGUAAUGGGGUAGGAUGGGCAACAAAUGUUGUUGUGCGAGUAAGGGCUACACAAGUGUUGUUGACGUUCAGGAGAGAGAUGGAAAUGUGCAGUCGAAUUCAUUAGUUGACUAUGAAACGGCUGGACUGGUUCAAGACCUUGAUUUAUUUGCUGGAAUUGAUUUUGAAAGGAAAGCAACAUUAGCUUCUGCAGAAGAGGUUGAACAAGAGGAAGAAUCAAAUGAAGGAUUUGGGCUGCUGGGAUUCACGCCUGCAUCAAAAAUUCAUCGCAAAAGUCGGAUAAUGAUUGUCGAUUCAACUGAUCUGCCUGAACACAGCAAGCGAUUGAAAGGAAACAAAUGAGAUGAGAUUAUUUUAUUGAUAUAUCUUGGAAUUAUAAAACUGGGAAAUACACUGCAUCGUAAAAGUUAA